AUGGCCAAAUCGCAAGAGGGAUUUGUCUGGUCUUCCAAGGACGGGUUCCGAUACGCAGCCGUGGUUGCUUCAACGCCCAAGUCCGAGCUCUCCGCCUCGUAUGACGUUAUCGUCAUCGGCGCCGGAUUCGCCGGGCUAACAGUCGCUCGCGACCUUGGAUUCAAGGGGAAGAAGGUGCUUCUUAUCGAAGCUCGCGAUCGGAUCGGCGGUCGCUGCUGGACAGUCGACACCGGGGAGACCGCCAAGCUUGAGAUGGGGGGAACAUGGGUGCAUUGGAUACAGCCACAUGUCUUUAGCGAGCUACAGAGAUGCGAUUUGGAUGAGUUUGUGGAAACAGUGGCGUUCCCCGAGAAUUGCGAGUCGGUCAAAAAGGCGUCCCGGCAGGAUCCCGCCGUCGUCCAUGAUCCAGCCGAGGGCCAGGCGAUGAUGGAGCAGCUGGAAGGCCUAAUGGCCAAGUUCUUCGACAUUGAUGGCCAAGGAGGACGGAGCGUUAUUCCAUUCCCCUUCAACAUGGCCUCCAGCACCAACCACAAUCCUGAAUAUCUCGAACUGGAUAAGCUGAGUAUUGCCGACCGCGUCGCACAAAUGCCGGACUGCGAUGAAGAGCAAAGAGCCGUACUCGGUGCGCAGGCCGCUUCCUUUUACGGCAUUGCGCCCGAGAAGGGGGCAUUCACUGAAGUGCUUCACACACAGGCCCUCUGCAACUUUGAUCCAGCCAUGACUGAAAUCGCAACGAUGAAGUACAAGAUUGCCGAGGGGACCACUGCUUUUGCGCUCGCGAUCUUGAAUGAUUUCAAAGGCGACCGCAUCUUCAGCUCUCCCGUCCAAUCUAUCUCCCAACCAUCCGAUCAUGCCCCCGUCGCCGUAACACUCAAGAACGGAGAGCAGUUCACCUCCAAUUCUGUGGUCUCCACAAUCCCAGUCAACGUGCUUUCAUCCAUAACCUUCAACCCUCCACUUUCACCACUCAAGAAAGAAGCAUUUUCUGACGCCGUGACCCCCGCGCGCAUAGACAAGCUUCUUGUCUGCACACCAACCAAGUUCGCGAACGGCUUUACUGUUUCCUGCGAGGGCGGUGACAUGCCGUUCGCAAGCGGAUUCCUUGACGGAACGCACGGCAGCCAUAACCUACUCACUCUCCUGACCCAUCCCGAUAACAAGUUCGACUCUGCCGAGGAUAACAUCCGUCUGGUAGAAACCCUUCACCCAUCGGGCGUUGAGGUCCAUUCGGUGUAUGGCCACAUCUGGUCGGAUGACCCGUACGCCGGCGGAGUCAUGCCGGUGCGGAAACCGGGAUUCCUGGGCAAGUACCACGAUGAGAUCCGGAAACCACAUGGAAAUGUGCAUUUCUGUGGGUCGGACUUUGCGGAUGGAUGGCGGGGUUUUAUCUCGGGCGCUUUUGAGGAUGCAUAUCGCGUUACCCGAGAGGUCGAGACCAGUCUAUCUAUCAAAUAG